AUUAUCUCCGGGGCUAGCUUAAAAUUGUAUUUUUAGCUCAUCGAGUUUUGAGUUUAGCUCCAACAAUAUAAGCCAUAUUUGGGGCAGCUUGUUUGAUGCAGUGCAUUUUAAAAAUGCACACGGAUCAGUUUGGAUAAACAGUAUUUUGACUGUUUAUUCAAAAAAUUACAUUUCCAAACAACUAAAAUCUAUAUAGACGCUGCUAACUAGAUCUUACUUAAGAAAAAAAAAUUAUAAUACUAGUUUUUCCCAUAACAGAAACAAAUUUAAGGAAAAACAGAGUUGCCAGGACACACCAUCUGUCUCCCCUCUCAAAACUUUAUCGUCAGCGCACACGUCAGAACGACCAUUAUAUAUAUAAUCACAUCACAACCAUCAUACCAACAUCCCAUAUACCUAUCAAAUCCUCAUCUCCAACGCUCCAUCUUCCCUUCACCCAAUCCACUCUUAUUCCUCUGCCGCCAAUCAACUUUCAGAAACGCCAACAAUGGUCAACAAACACCACCACCAUGGCCAAAAACACCAUUUUUUAAUGGUAACCAUCGCCGCCCAAGGCCAGAUAAAUCCCGCGCGUCACCUCGCACGCCGCCUCGCCCGAACCACCGAAGCCCGCGUCACCCUCACCACCCCUCUAUACUCUCACCGCCUCCUCUUUCCCGGAUCCCUCGCCGCUGCCGGUGAGCCCGACGAUGUCGCAGAGGAAACUCCUCUCAAUCCAGAUAUCUCCGGAGUUGUCUCCUACGCCCCAUACUCUGACGGCUUUGACAAAGGAAUUCACAUGGACACCGUAGAACCCAUUGUUUAUAUGGAAAAACUAAAAUCACACGGCUCCCGCACCCUUGCCGCUCUGGUGCGCAACUUCGCCUCGGCUGGCCGCCCGGUGACCUGCAUAUUGUACACCAUAUUGCUCACCUGGGCAACCGAUGUUGCCCGAGAUCUCAGCAUCCCUACCGUUCUCUAUUGGAUCCAACCUGCUUCAGUCUUCACCAUCUACCACCACUACUUUCAAGGACACCAAGGCUUCACUUCCGAUGAAAAAGAAAAAUCUUGCUGCAUAGAAUUACCCGGCCUGCCUCCUCUAAGUCCGAAGGACCUCCCAUCCAUCAUGUCCACGCCAAACGCCUUCCUAUCCGCCCACAAAGACAUAUUCAUAGAACUUGGCAAGUAUGAGAAAGCUAAAGUUUUGGUGAACACGUUCUAUCAACUGGAAGCUCCGGUGAUAGAUGCGACCCCUGAGUACGAACUGAUCGCAGUUGGGCCGGUAGUGGACAAAAGCUACUUGCUUUCCGCAGUAGGAAGUAAUGACCUGUUUGAGGAAGACAGGGGAGGUUACAUGGAGUGGUUAGACGCGCAGGAGGAACGGUCGGUGGUGUACGUGGCUUUCGGCAGCUUGACCCGGCUGACAUCGCGGCAAGUGGAAGAGUUGGAUGUGGGGCUGAAAGCGAGCGGGCGACCGUACUUGUGGGUGCUGAGGAAGGACAGCAGACCGGAAGGGAUUGGAGUGGAUUUGGUUUUGAAGGGAGGGAAGGGGAUGGUGGUGGAGUGGUGCUCGCAAGUGAGGGUUUUGGAUCACAAGGCGGUGGGAUGCUUCGUGACGCACGGUGGGUGGAACUCUACGUCUGAGGCAAUAGUGAGUGGGGUGCCGAUGGUGAUGUUGCCGCAGUGGAUCGAGCAGGCGACGAAUGCGAGGAUGGUGGAGGCGGCAUGGGGUAUUGGGGUGAAGGCAGAGGCAGGGGAGGAUGGGGUUGUGGAGGCGGGGGAGCUAGGGCGUGGGCUGGAUGUGGUGUUGGGGGAGGGGGAGAGGGCUAGGGAGAUUAGGAGGAAGGCGAGGGAGUGGAAGGAGAAGGCGAGGGCGGCGCUAGCAGAGGACGGAUCAUCUUCCAGAAGCCUCAGGGAGUUUGUGGAUGGUCUUUGGGGAUCUAUAAUGUAAUGUGUGGAUAAGCUAUAAUGAAAUUAUGGAUGUGGCAUGUGUAAUUAUUUUUGAUGGACAAUAAUUAGGAUAAGUAUUUCCUAC